AUGGCUAGAGACGUGAUGGAACACCCUUCAGGGGGGGCUAUCCCGGUCACGCUGACCAGACCUUGGUGGUUGUUGCGUGGAGGCGGCGGCAGCGGCGGAGGAGCUGGUGGGCUGGGGACAGUGGCAGGCCUAGGGGUGGGGGCAUGGCCAUGGGGGGGCCGUAUCCCGUCCUCCACUCUGCACCGGGACAGACGGUGGGGCUGGGGGUCCUGGGGCAGAGGGGGUCCAUCCAGGGGAGCUCCCAGACUCUCCGAGGUCAGGCCCUGGCUGAGCGGAGGGACGGCUGGAGCAGCAGCAGGAGGCGGAGGUAGUACUGGGAUAGGAGGCGGGGCGGAGAAAGGAGGCAGGGUGAGAUGUUCCCGGAGAGUCUGGGUCCUCCUCGGCUCUCUAGCUCUCGUCUUCCUCACCUCACUCUUCUUCUCCGUCUCCCUCCGCGGGGGCGUCAGCUUCAACUACCUGGAGCCGCCUGGGUGGGAGGAGUCGAGGCGGGUGAAGCUAGUGCCUAACUACAUCGGGGCACACAGGCUAACACCACCUGACAACACACAGCAGAAGACAUGUGCCUGCCCACGCUGUGUCGGAGACCCCGGCGUCUCUGACUGGUUCGAUGAGAACUACGACCCGGAUAUCUCACCGGUUUGGACCAAAGAGAACAUCCAGCUGUCGUCUGAUGUCUACUACUGGUGGGUGAUGUUACAGCCCCAGUUUAAACCCCACAGCAUCCAGCAGGUGCUGCUCAGGCUGUUCCAGGUGAUUCCCGGGAGGUCGCCGUACGGCUCGUGGGAUCCAGGACGCUGCCUGCGCUGCGCCGUGGUGGGAAACUCCGGAAACCUGCGCGGGGCCGGAUAUGGGGCGACCAUUGACGGACACAACUACGUCAUGAGGAUAAACCUGGCCCCCACGGUGGGCUACGAAGAAGACGCCGGCAGCCACACCACUCACCACUUCAUGUACCCGGAGAGCGCCAAGAACCUGGUGGCCAACGUCAGCUUCGUCCUGGUUCCCUUCAAAACACUGGAUCUCGUCUGGAUCACCAGCGCUCUGUCUACCGGCCAGAUUCGAUUUACGUACGCUCCAGUGAAGCAGUUCCUCCGUGUAGAUAAAGACAAGGUCCAGAUCUUCAACCCAGCAUUCUUUAAAUACAUCCACGACCACUGGACCAGACAUCACGGGCGCUACCCGUCCACUGGCAUGCUCGUGCUGUUCUUCGCCCUGCACGUCUGUGAUGAGGUGAACGUGUUUGGUUUUGGCGCCGACAGCCGAGGAAACUGGCACCAUUACUGGGAGCAGAACCGCUACUCCGGAGAGUUCAGGAAGACCGGCGUCCACGACGCGGACUACGAAGCCCAGAUCAUCCAGCGGCUGGCCAAGGCCGGCAAAAUCACUGUAUUCCCUGGGAAAUAAACCAGCAAGUCAUCCUGUGUAUCUAAAGUUCCAGCGCCGGUACGGCAACAGACACUGUAGAGGCCGCUUACAACGUGUUAGAUUUUCUCGCUUUCACCUUCCUGCACCAGUUUGGGUUCCCAGUUAAAGUAAACCAAAUGAAGGCGAGACCAAACGGUCACCAAAUAAUGGUUGUUCCAUUCACUUCCACUCAUAUUCGGGAGGUCACCCACCAGUCGAGGCUCUGAUUGGAGAACGUGGUGUAGACUCAAACGUAGUUCUUCUCUCUCGAAGUCAGAGCUGAGCCUUAAAAUGUAACUAUAAAAUAAUCGUCUCUUUUCGAGGUUUCACAUCUUAGCAUAUCUCUCUUUCCAAGGGCAGCUUAAGAAGAAAUAAGAAGCGAAGGGUCGGGCCGCAGGAAAAACACAAAUCACCACAAAUACCGACUUUGACUGUGUACAGCACAGAGAGAGAGAGAGAGAGAGGGGGGAAUAUCUAACAUGCAAAUGUCCCACUUCUGGACUCCAUUAACAGAAAAACUGUAUGCGAAGCACUGAAAGAAAGGAGCACAGAAACGGCACCAUCAGCAUCUGCUGUUAUUCUGCAGCCCUGCGGUCUCUGAGUAUAAACUUAGGCACUAAACAGCGUGUCGUAGCCCCGCAGGUCAGGAUUGAGACUUUGGACACCGACUGGGGAGUUAUCAGAAGUGAUUUUUCGAGGUCUAACAAAUAACUGGAGGACUAGUUCACUAGUGUGAAAAGAACCCUGGGCCAUGACUCCCUCUUCUCAAGUCCUCACCUGCCACUUUUCACUGUCGUAACUCCACUUUAUGCGAGUUCCGCCUCACAAGGCGCCGUUACGAGAACCAUGUCUGCCUGUGAUGACUUGUAAAAAUGUUUGGUUUUAAGAUGAUUUGCUGGGAGUUUAUACCGUAUGACUUUCCUCUGAAGCCCCGCCGGGUUUAGCGAAGCCUUGACACCUUUCAGCAGACUCACAGAAACACGAUAAAGACUUUUUUUUUUUUGCCUUUUGGCCAUUCAGACUCAGAAAAGAUCACUGCAGCGCUGGCAUGAACUUCUACAGAGCCAGCCUGCUUUUAAACACCACACGGUGACUGCAGGCCACUGCUGCAGUCUUUAUCCACAUCCAGACAAAGGGAGAAAUGUUCUGGGAGAGCAUUGGUUUGACUGCAUGACACACUAAUGAGGCCAGAAGUCCGUCUUCUGAAUUUCAUGUUUGGAUGGAGGCACACUGGUUCUCUGGACCGGACUUUAAUCCCCAUGUGGUCCGGUUUGGGUGUAUUUUGGAAGAAGAAAAAGACUGGAGUGCUCGGGCAUGAAGAACCAGUCAGAAACACAUAAUUUGUUCCAGCGUUUUUAUGUUUUUAUGACAAGGACAGAGACGUUUGAUUGCUGUUGUUGUCUCACGCUCUCGCACAAAGUGUACUGGCUUCACCACUUUGGUUCGAGACUAGAAAAGGAAUGUCGCUCUGCUUCUUUUUCCCUCUCAUGGGCGUUAAGGCUCCAAACUGACUCCUAUAUCCCAGUGGAAUUAGAGACUGUCAGAAGCAAUUGUGCCCAGAUUAAGGCCCAUAUGAUGGGGUAAAGGAAAAACCCCCACUGGAUCUGGGGAUCCUUUAAUUUAACCCCCAUCAGCAGCUCGGCUUCAUUAACCACUAGCCCUGGGGGGCGGAUCCACCGGACGCCUUAGACUGUACCUCCAUAAACUGCACUUCCUGUCCUGAUUUUCCAUUAAGAGCCCCCCCCCCUCCCUGCAGACUGCAGAUUUCAUUUGUUAGUUUUAUGUACUGUUUAGCUCUGAGUUUACACUUUGGCUGGAUUUAUAUGAUCGGCUCAGAUUAGAUUUUUCUUUCCCACGCAGGUGGCACAUUAACGAUUUUUCUUAUCAUGAUUUAGUAUCGUAAAAAUAACACCCAUUUACACAUUUAUGGCCUCCGAGCAAAUAUCAGUCACACAAGUAAUGCUAGAUUGUAUUGAACAGAAAACGUGUGCCGCAGAGAGAAGGAAGGAAAAUCAAAGUAUUUGGUUUGAGCGGAGGCUGUAAAUCCAUCCAAAGAUGUGUUUAUCAAGAAGCAGCUGGUGGCUGAUGAGGAAGAUUAACUCAAGGUUCCUAUGCAGGUCUGGAAAAUAUGGAAAAGUUGUGACUGAAAUGUCUUUCAAAGUGCGAUAAGUAUUAUUUUUACUGCCCCUUGUAUGCCAAACUAAUAUAUGUAUGCAUGGGUUUGACUGAUUGUCGAUUGCUAUUAAUGACUCAACAGUUAAAGGUCCAGUGUGUGGGAUUUAAGGACACCUAGUGGUGGAGUUGCAGAUUGCAACCAAAUGUAUACUCUCCCACGCCUCACACUCUUCUUCCAAGCAGGACUCCAUGGAUGAGGACCUGCUCUUUUAAGACAGACCAAUUAUUCAUUAAACACUAAUGAAAACAUACUAAUGAAUAUUAUAUUCCAUUCCUGCAAAGAAAUCUUAGACACUGGACCUUUAAAUCAUGUUAUGCUGAGAAACUCUGGCUUUCAGAUUGUUGUUCAUGUCAGUUGCAUCUUCUCCAAGUGAUUGAAGUCAAAAGACAAGUCAUAUAUUAUUUAAAGACCCUUAAAUUUCUCCAUAAUAUUAAAUAUUCAUGACUAAAUAAGAAACACUCAAAGUUAAAGGUACCCUGUGGAGUUUUUAAAGUAUUUAUGCGGCUCCUCGUGUUGUUGUUUUCAAGGACUCCAUUCCUGCCAAUGGUUUCGCACCCGUUCCACCGAUCUACAGGUGGCGGUACCGUGCCAAGAAACGCAGCAACCAAUGUGCCAACAAAGGCAGGGAAGAGAAACCAGAAGCCAGAUUUUAAAAUUUGCCAAUUUUACAAGGACGGAAAUUCAUUCGGCGCGUUUAAACGGAAACUCCACAGGAUGCCGUGAAGUUUGAAACAAAAUCAGUCUCAUCUGGAGCGUAGAGGUGGUUUCAUCAGAUUUGAUGUUGACACAACCAAACCAACGAAUGUUAUCAGAUUCAGAUAUCGCAGAUGUUUGAUCAGCGCAUGGAAAUCUGUGACGUCACCUGUGCCCUGCCCAUUUAAAAUGAUACAAACUACGUAAAUCUCUUUGAAAUAACCAAAACUUUGUAAGAAAAUUGUGUCUCAAUUCGGAUACUUCCAUUAGUACACUUGUGUACGCUAUGUACUUCCUGGCGCAGUGCGUUGAUUUCUGCUGGAUUGUUUUGACGAUUGCAACAUUUUAACGCUUCUUCUUCUUCUUCUUCUUUGCUUAAUUGCACCCUGACAGAGCAGAAGCGCCAACAUUUGUUUGACUGCUAAAUACGAAAACAUCUGUACAACUCACAGUCCGCCGGUGGUUCCGCUACAUAGCCAAAGUGGCGACCAAUGAGGGCCAACAAGUGCCCAACUUUUUUUUAAAGAUGAUUUUUUUGGCCUUUUAUGAUAGUACAGCUGAAGA